AUGCCUAACUUCGCACCUGCAAUGUCAAGCUGUUUGACAGUCUUAGUCAGGGAGAUCACGUGUGGCAUGAUGAUGUGUUGGAAGUUAGCGGACGGUGGGAAGGUGACUAACUUCUGUCUUCUGCUUGUAGCGGACGACAUCAGCAAGAAAUUGGAGCUUGAGCCUGACAUGGCUAAGGUCCGCCGCGCUUUGAACAUCGCCCAAAAGUUUCGUGAGUGGCGUUGGCUGUUGAGCGAGUAUCGAGAGGAAGACGGUGGUCUGCCCCCUGCCGAGGAUGUCGAAAGAUGGAAGGCUGAAGUCAAGUCUCCGAGAACUCAAGCUACCUCUUCACGGGCGAGGAACGCGUCUCCAUUGAGGAAGAAGCCAAAGCUCCCUUCUGCUAAGAAGAUCCCAGUAGGAGUUGUUCCUGCCUCAUCUGCCAAGCUUGGAGAUCAUGAUCUGCUCCGCGAAGUGGUCCGUGCGCGAUCUAGCUCACCUGUUGAAAGACAAAGAGAUGCGGAUGUUCCUCCCCGAAGUUCAGGUCGUUUACACCAGUCGAAAAGUGGAGGUCGAUGUGGGAGGUCUGCUCAUCUAUCUAACCGUCAUGAUCCAAUUGUUGAGUCACGAGCAGUCAAGCGUGGAGUUGAUUCGACGUAG